AUGGCCGACACACGGUCCCCCGGCCCCUGCGGCUGCCUCUGCUCGUCCAGAGCUUCCCUGGCGUGGCUGGGGAUAACGCUGCUGCUUCUCGCCGACUGGGUGCUGCUCCGGGAGGCGCUCCCCGGAAUAUGCUCCGUGCUGGUCCCCACCGCGCUGCCCCUGCUCCGGGUCUGGGUGGUGGGCCUGAGCCGCUGGGCUCUGCUGUGGCUGGGGGCCCGUGGUAUUCUCAGGGCAACGCUCGGCUCCGGAAGGGAAAGCGCCGGAGUCCGGGGAUGGCUCGCCGCGUUGCAGCCGUUGGCGGCGGCGCUGGGCUUGGCCCUGCCGGGACUUGCCUUGUUCCGAGAGCUGCGCUCGUGGAGAGCUCCCAGGGAUUCCGACAGCUCCAGGCUUCUGCACUGGGGAAGUCGCCUGGAUGUUUUCGCCCUCAGUUACUUGGCAGCAGUGCCCGCAGCCGCCAUGUGGCACAAGCUCAGCGGACUCCGGGGGCCGGAAAGUCACGGGGGUUCAGGAGACGCGGUGCGCCGGCUUCUAGGCUGCCUCGGUUCAGAGAUACGACGCCUCCCGCUCCUGCUGGUCCUGUUGGUUCUCUCCAGUGUUGGGGAAAUGGCCAUUCCAUUGUUCACCGGCCGCCUCACUGACUGGAUUCUACAAGAUGGGACAGCCUCUGCUUUCACACGGAACAUAACGCUUAUGUCCAUUCUCACCGUAGCCAGCGCGGUGCUGGAGUUCGUGGCUGAUGGGAUCUAUAACAGCACCAUGGGCCGUGUGCACAGCCACUUGCAGGGAGAGGUAUUUCGGGCUGUCCUGCGCCAGGAAACAGAGUUUUUCCAACAGAACCAAACGGGAGCCAUCACUUCUCGGGUGACGGAGGACACAUCCACCCUGAGUGAGUCUCUGAGUGAGAAGCUAAGCCUACUGUUGUGGUACCUGGUACGGGGGCUGUGUCUCUUGGGGCUCAUGCUCUGGGGGUCACUGUCCCUCACCAUGGUCACCCUCGUCACCCUGCCUCUGCUUUUCCUUCUGCCUAAGAAGCUGGGAAAAUGGUACCAGGUGCUGGCAGCCCAGGUGCAGAAAUCUCUGGCAGAGUCCAGCCAGGUGGCCAUUGAGGUGCUCUCAGCUAUGCCCACAGUCCGGAGCUUUGCCAACGAGGAGGGUGAGGCCCAGAAGUUUAGCCAAAAGCUGCAGGAUAUGAAUACCCUCCAUCAGAAGGAGGCUCUGGCCUAUGCAGUCAACCUCUGGACCACCAGUAUCUCAGGGAUGCUGCUGAAGGUGGGAAUCUUAUACAUCGGUGGGCAUCUGGUGACAAGUGGGGCUGUAAGCAGCGGGAACCUUGUCACGUUUAUUCUCUACCAGAUCCAGUUUACUUCAGCUGUUGAGGUACUGCUCUCCACCUACCCCAGUGUACGGAAGGCCGUGGGCUCCUCAGAGAAAAUAUUUGAAUACCUGGACCGGAUUCCUCGCUGUCCUGCCAGUGGUGUGUUGACUUCCUUAAACUUGGAGGGCCUUGUCCAGUUUCAGGAUGUCUCCUUCGCCUACCCCAACCGUCCAGAUGUCCCAGUGCUGCAGGGGCUGACAUUCACCCUACGUCCCGGUGAGGUGAUGGCACUGGUAGGGCCCAGUGGCUCUGGGAAGAGCACAGUGGCUGCCCUGCUGCAGAAUCUGUACCAGCCCACAGGGGGACGGCUUCUGCUGGAUGGGAAGCCCCUUCCCCAAUAUGAGCACCGCUACCUGCACACACAGGUGGCUGCAGUGGGACAAGAGCCGCAGCUAUUUGGGAGGAGUUUUCAAGAAAACAUUGCUUACGGCCUCGUCCAGAAGCCAACUAUGGAAGAAAUCAUAGCCGCUGCAGUGGUGUCUGGAGCCCAUGGUUUCAUCUCUGAACUCCCUGAGGGCUAUAGCACAGACGUAGGCGAGGCUGGGAGCAAGCUAUCAGGGGGUCAGCGACAGGCAGUGGCCUUGGCUCGAGCACUGAUCCGGAAACCACGUGUACUCAUCCUGGAUGAUGCUACCAGUGCCCUUGAUGCAGACAGCCAGUUACGGGUGGAGCAGCUCCUGUACAGAAGCCGUGAGCGGUGCUCUCGGUCGGUGCUUCUCAUCACACAUUGUCUCAGCUCGGUGGAGGAGGCUGACCAAAUCCUCUUUCUGGAAGGAGGCACCAUCUGUGAAGCAGGAACCUACCAGCAGCUCAUGGAGAAGAGGGGAUGCUUCUGGACAAUGAUACAGGCCCCUGGCGGGUCAGGAGCUCCAGAAUGAAAGACUUCUCAGACCUGCACACGAUGUGUCCCUCCCUUCUUUUCUCCUCUCUAGUGGAGAAUUUGGGAACAAAUGGCUGACCGAGCUGCACAGUAGGCAGCUGUUUCUAGGAGGAGCGACAUCCUAUAAUCUAGCUCACUAGCUGAUGCCAGAAAAUCUACCGCGAGUGUUCCCCCUUCUCCAAACUCCACUUGAUAUUGCAGAUUUCUUGGAAGAAAGCGGGGUUUAGAACUCUUUAGUGUAACUGGGUUCGGAGCCAGGGUUUUGGUGUGGAACCCUGGAAAUGAGAAGAACUUUAGAAUAUACAGAAAGGGGGAGAUGAGCUACUUUCCAAUAUGACUAAAGUCAUAUGCUGGCCCAUAAACACACUCUGGAUUCUUGGUACUUAUAAUAAAACUGGUGUUUUGUACUGUG